GCAUUACCCACACUGGCAGCAUCUGACCUCCUUGGGUCCGGGGACGCAGUCCUGGUUCAGACACCAAGAAGCCCACACCAUGGUCUCCAGACUGGAUGGGGGGCUGGACAAGGGGUUCUCUUCCUUGCCAGCGCUACUCCUCCUGGCCCUGGCCCUGGCCCUCAUCAAGGGGAUCCAGCUUUUCCUCCAGAGGCAGAAGCUGCUCAAGACCUUCGCCCAGUUCCCCGGACCCCCACCCCACUGGCUGCUCGGACACCUCCACCAGAAUGAGUUGAGUCAAUUCACCUCAUGGAUAAAAUCCUUCCCCUUUGGAAUUCCUUUGUGGAACGGAAGCUUCGGAGUCACUUUCAUUGUCUACCACCCGGAUUAUUUGAAAGUGCUGUUUAAACGAGAAGAUCCAAAGAACAACUUGACAUACCAGUUUGCUGUCCCAUGGAUUGGACAGGGACUGCUGCUAUUGGAUGGGGAAAAGUGGUUCCAGCACCGGAAGAUGCUGACACCGGGAUUUCACUACAGCAUCCUGAGACCCUACGUGAAGAUCAUGGCUGACUCGGUCAAUGUCAUGCUGGACAAGUGGGAGAAGCUGACAGCCCAGGGAGAGACUUUGGAGCUGUUCCAGCACGUCAGCCUGAUGACUCUGGACACCCUCAUGAAAUGCUCCUUCAACAACAGCAACUAUCAGAAGGGCAGUGACUCCAAAACCUACAUCCAAGCCGUGAAAGACCUCACCUCCCUGCUCAGCGAGAGGAUCCACACGUUCUAUCAGCACAACAACAUUGUUUACUGGCUCAGCUCACCUGGUCGUUGCUUCCGUCGGGCCUGCAAGAUAGCCCACCAACAUUCAGAUCAAGUGAUUGAGGAAAGGAAGAAGACCUUGCAGAAUGUGUUUGACCUGGAAAAGAUCCGAACAAAGAGGCACUUGGAUUUCCUGGAUAUCCUCCUCUGUGCCAAGACAGAGGAGGGCAAGGGGCUGUCCGACGCGGACCUGAGGGCCGAGGUGGACACGCUCAUGUUCGAGGGCCACGACACCACAGCCAGUGGCAUCUCCUGGACCCUCUACUGCUUGGCCCUGCACCCCGAGCAUCAGCAGCGCUGUCGCGAGGAGGCCCAGAAGAUUCUGGGAGAAAGGGACACCAUCCAAUGGGAAGAUUUAGCCCAGCUGACCUUCACCACCAUGUUCAUUAAAGAGUCGAUGCGUCUCUACCCGUCGGUGCCAUCCAUUUCCAGACAGCUCAGCUCGCCGAUCACCUUCUUCGACGGACGCUCUCUGCCACAAGGCUCCUCCAUCAGGAUCCACAUUUACUCCCUCCACCGGAACCCUCUUGUGUGGAAAGACCCAGAGGUCUUCGACCCCGAGAGGUUCUCCCCAGAAAAUAUAUCCCAGAGGCACCCAUAUGCUUUCUUACCAUUCUCCGCCGGAGCCAGGAACUGUAUCGGGCAGCAGUUCGCCAUGAACGAGAUCAAGGUUGCUUUGGUCCAGACCCUGCUCCGCUUCCAGCUCGAACCCGACAAAUCCCGGCCCCCGGUGCCCAUCUCACAGCUGAUCCUCAAGUCCAAAACCGGCAUCCAUCUGCGCCUCAAAAAGCUGCCUUAGCCCCCCAGAUCCUCAGGCCUGGAUUGCAUCAGGCAAACCCACAAGAAGCCCCUUCAACUCCCAACAAUCAAUGAUAGCUGUAUCCAGAUUAACCCGGAGAAUAGGGGAGAUCUCUAACCCCUUCUCUUGCUGCUUGCCCCAGCCAAAAUCCAGUUCCCUUUGUCCAGACCCACACCCCUGGGUGGCAUUUGACCUGAUCCUCUGGUAGCCAACAGGCCAAUUAAAUCAUCUCUUGUCUCUGCUCAUUUGA